AUGAGCUCAACCAAAUUUACAUUGCAGAGUUAUGUUAGAUCUUGCACUUUAAUAUCAACAAAUCAAAAUCCAAUCCGCUUAAUGCUAAAUCCCAACACAAAAUUUAGCGAUGUGGCGAAGUUGAUUCAAAUAGUUUGGAGAUAAAGUGCCUAAUAAUUACGACUAUUUUUGAUUGAUGGAACUGAAAUCGAAGAAAAAGAUUUGAUUUCCAUCAAAAAAGGUACGACUCUGUAUGCUCAAUUGAAAAGUGAUGAGAGUGACUUGAGCAAUUUGAAGUUCGAGUAUGAUAUUAUCAAAAGAGUUGGAGAAGGAGGAUAAGGGGUGAUAUUUUUGGGAAAGCACAAAGAAACUAAAGAAUUGGUGGCCAUUAAGAAAAUAAGCUCAUCAACUUGGUAGGACUAAGACAUGGAGAUACUGGAAUAAGAAUCUCUAAUCUUAAAAUAGUUAGAUCAUAAAAAUAUAGUAAGACUAUACGAGAAAUUCGCGUAUCCUAAUUAGAAGGAGGUGAUUAUGGUGAUGGAAUACUUAUAAGGAGGGUCGUUAUUGACUCAGGCUAAUUCUAAAUUAACAGAAGGUGAGGCUAAACACUUCUCUCGCUAAGUAGUGGAGGCUAUUGCUUAUUGUCAUGAAAGAAAAAUCAUCCAUUGUGAUUUAAAAUUAGAAAAUAUUAUGCUAUCAUCCCUUUCUUGUAAAGAUAUAAAAAUAAUUGAUUUCGGAGUUUCGAAUUAUGCUGGAUAACCUUUGGUUACAGAAAACGUAGUUGGUACUCUGUCUUAUUUGGCUCCAGAAGUAUUGUCGAAUUCAUAUAAAUUCAUUCAACCUGGACAGGAUGUAUGGGCUGUAGGUUGUAUAAUAUAUGGCUUGGUCUUUGGGAAGCUGCCCUUUGAUGGUAACAAUCCCUCUGAAACAUACAGAAAUAUCCUUUAAUGCAAUUACUAGAUUACGAAGAAAUCUGUGUCAAAGGAAUUAAUACAUUUAUUGAGUAUAAUAUUUGUGGUGAAUCCAAAAGAGAGAGCCAAUAUUUUCGAUGUUCUAUCUCAUAAUUGGUUUAGAGAGCAAUUGAAAAUAUUCAAAUUGAAUUUUAGCGGAGUAAAUGUUCGAAUUGGAAGGUCCUCUAGCGUUGCAAAAAUGUGCUCUUCACGGAAAUCGUAUGAUGAAGAUUAAGGAUUGGUCAUAAGUUAAAGGAAAAUAGUUUUCAGUAGAAGAUCGGUAACUAGAUUAGAUAAGGUGCCAUUUGGUGCAAAAAUUAAAUGA